AUGUCAACAAUGUGAUUGAACGUCGUAGUUUUCGCAGUUUCGCAUCGGUUGCAGAAAUCGGCGUGUUGGGACAGUGCGUAAAAAUAGAAGUUGUUGAUCGAUCGCCUUCUUUCGGAAGUAAGUUGACAAAGUUUGCUGAAAUGGAGAAUAAAACCGAGCUAAUUUCUCGAUUACAAAUCAUGAGUGACAAAUAAUUGACAGAAGUGAAAUGUGACGAGGAUUUUCCAGUGUAAAGGAAUUUUAAUAAAAAUUCCAUGAAUCCUACGAGACGUCGUCAUUGAAUGAUUCAUCGUGACACAUAAGUUAGACACGUGAAAUACAUUGCUAAUUCGAUUACAACUGGUGUUACGUGUAUGAAUAGCUAGUAGUAGAAUUUAAUUCAUUAGUUCGUUAAAAAUGACAAGAUGCGAAAGAAAUAUUCGCGAGUUUUUGACCCAAAGUUACUAGUUGUAUCACUUUUGUUUAAUAUCUAGUAUAUUAUGAUAAAAUUGAAUAAUUUGUUAUAUUUAUUAUAUUGUGAUAUCAUUUAAUAUUAUAUUUAAUAUAUUACUGGUAUUAAUAUUGUAAUAUUACAUAUUAAAUAUUUAAUUUAUUAAAUAUUAAUUUAAGAACGAUAUGAAGAUUUAUAAUUAAUAUUUAAAAAAAAAUAAAGAUACACAAAGAUUUUAAAAAGAUAAAGAUACUGUUAAACAUUCUAAUUCUAUAGGUAUAAUAAAUUUAUUAUAUUUACCACUUUUAAUUGAUAAAUUCAAUUUAAUUAAAAAAUUAAAUUUCAAUAAUAAGCAUAUCAAAAACAAAUUAACACAAAUUAUUAUGUGUGCCUGUCGAUAAAUUAGAAAAUUCAAUAAUAAAUCUAUCUUCUUUAUUUGUAAUUAAUUUAUUUGUAACACAAGUAAAAGAAGUUGAUUUUAUUUUAAAGGAAUGACCGUACAUCUUCAAGAAGUGAUGCGUUCAGAAGUGGACGGUGGUCUGGCUGGUCCAGCGAAUCCGAUACCGAGUGAGUCGAUUGACUGCGGUUGUGAACAAUUGCCAUGCCCGAAAUUAGCAAAAUUUGCAACCCGAGGACUCUUCGUUGGCCUACUGUCAUGGGUUGGUUUAAUACAAGCUGCUGCUUACGCAUAUUUCUGCAUAGCAGGACCUACAAUAGCAAGGAGAUUUCAAUUUGAUCCUUAUAAUGGAUACUCGUCGUAUCCGACUUGACGCCUUUCAUUUUUGGCGUAAUCAUUGCAUAUUGGGGUGACAGAAUUCAUAGAGCUGCAUGGAUUGGUGCUAUAGUUCUUCUACAAAGUGUUUCGUACUUUAUUGUGAUAAUUCCUCAUCUGACACACCAAAUCAAAGUCGUCGAAGAAACCGAAAACGUGACACACAUGUCAAUAUACGCAGAUGAUAGUCGAGAUCUGUGUUCAGACAGUUCUUCUAGAAUUGUUGCAAAAGAGGAUGAGCCCUGUUAUUUCACAUUUGCAACGAUCCUCGUUGUACAAAUCAUGUCUGGUAUUGCAAAUAUUGCAUACUUUGCAUUAGGCGUGUCCUAUUUGGAUGACAACACAAAGAAAAAACAUAUAGCCGCUUUUAUUGGAGUUCUUAUUGCCGUGAAGAUUUUCGGUUUUCUUCUGGGAUGUAUCUUGGCAUGGCUUUGCCUUAGAAUUGAUUCAGUCACUCUGAAUCCUAUAGAAUCCUAUAGAGAACAAAUCGGUGCAUGGUGGUUGGGAUUACCAAUUUUAACAAUAUUACUUAUUGUUCCUGGUUUACUUCUUUCAUGGUUCCCUCGAAUGUUACCAUCUGAGGUUGUCGAAAAAGCUGCUGCUUCUUUAUUAAACAUUUCCAACAAUCAAAAUCGAACGCCUCGCAGGAUGGUUAGUCAGAAAAUUGGUAGUUCUAAUUUCUGGCCAUCAAUGGGUAGAUUGUUCACUAAUAAAAUAUUGCUUUGUCAAGUUAUUGCUUGUACCUUUUAUCUUAUGGCCAUUACAAAUUUUAUUGGUUUCGAGAAUCUUAUUGCACAGUCGAGAUUUCAUGUACCGAAACCAACUGGAAUGUUGCUCGGUUUCGAGGACCCGAUUUCAUCAAGAUUAAUAUCAAAUAUCUUGAAACCUGUUCUUGUUGGCUUAAUCGUGAUUAUCUCUGGUUUAGUUAUUGCUAAAGCGAAACCUGGCGCUAAAUAUGUUAUUGGUUAUGGCAUUAUCGUUAUACUUUUAGCAUGUGCAAUUAUAUUUUCGUUAUCUGCUACAACUUGUGAGAAAAAUCCUAUUGUUGGUACCACUAAAAGAGGAUCCCUCGUCUUGCUGAAGUAUUGCAACAGGAAUUGUGGUUGUUCGAACGAUGCUGACUUCCGUCCUGUCUGCGAUAACAAAGGCACGUUCACCUUCUACAGUCCUUGUCAUGCUGGUUGCACUUCUUUCGAACUUAGAAAUGGCAUAACAACUUACAGUGGUUGCAGUUGCGUAGGAGAAAUGACGGGAGCUGAAAAAACGGAUGCGAUCGACGGACCUUGCACCUCAAACAACUGUCAAGUUAAUUGGAUACUUUUCGAGUUUGGAAAUCUGUUGGCGUGCUUAUUAGUUGCCUCGUCUUUUGUGGGAGAUUUGUUAAUAAUCUUGAGAUCAGUGAACGUGCAAGACAAGGCUAUCAGCAUAGGCUUCUGGAUGACAUGUUUCGCUGUAUUCGGAAAUAUUUUUGGAAAAAUUCUUUACGAUAUGAUUGCGGAUCUAACAUGCCAAUAUUGGGGAACUCAAAGAAUUUCGUGUCGCCUACACGAUGGUUUAAAGCUUGGCAACUAUUUGUCCUAUACGACAGGCUCACUAUUAGCCCUGUCCGUUGUAUUAAAAAUCCUGGUAUGGAUUUUCAGCAGAGAUUUAGAGCUUUAUAUUCAGAGAGAAGAACAGCCAACAGCAAUAACUGAAUUGAGAGAAUUCGUUCGCAAUCCUGACACUGUGUCUAGUCAAGAAAACAAGCAAACUGAUCCUACCCAUGAGAAUGAUACACCAGUCCGAGUAGAAAUCACGAACGGAGAGUUUAAAAAAUCGACGAGAUCUCUGAACGAAAAUCCACCGAAAGAAGAAGAAGAGAGACAAAACGAAGAAACAGCGAUGCUGAAAUACGGUCCUAUUGGUCCCGGGAAUCGGCGAACGGAUUCGAAAUCAUCACUGAACCAAACAUCGCAGAAUCAAAAGUCCGCCAUUCGGAACUUGGAUUCGGAAGACGAGCUGAGUUCCAGUGACGAAGAAAGUAGAAAAGAUUCAACUACAAAAGUGGCUUACAGGCCAUUGGAUCUCGACUCAGACGUGGAAAGUGAUUUAAGCAGCGUGGAGCCAAGAUCGCGCAAGCGUAUCACCGGAAAAGAAUACGAACCCGUUUAUAACAGCGAUCGGAGCUCUUCAACGAAGAGUUCACCUUUCAGACGCGAAUUCCCUAAUCCGGAUAACUACGAUGAUCCAAGGAAAAUGAGACAUGCAGAUGGUUCUUCGAAAACUAGUAGCUUCGAAUUCUCGAGGAGAAGGCAAGACGAUAAACUGCAGAGGAAAGGGGAUUUCAACGAAGUUGGUAUACCGAUAAUAGAUCCUCCUGUUGUGCAUCCCACCUCGAAAGGUGUGAAAUCACUGAUCGAUCGGUAUGAAUUGAACGCUGAACAGCGAACUGGAGAGAAUCAAGAAUCCGCGAAUGGGAACGGAACUCAUUCGGAAAGUAAAAUAGGAAUUCCGUUGGUGGCUAUGGCACUGAAUAGAGCUCCUUCGAGAAGUCAAUAUUCAUCAGGGUUCAGCAGCUUAACGGAUGGUAAGAUCCUUGAAGAUCGACCCGAAUCCCGCGAAAACGUUAGCCCAAAAGUAUCUAACAAAGGCAGUGCAGAGAUGUUGCAUACUGACUUUUGAUGUACAAUUACGACAUUUUGGAAAUUUUAUAAAAACAGUUAAUUUAUAUGGAUCAGAGAUUUUUAAGAACGACCCGAUCAUUGUGAAGUCAGCAUGUAACGCAAAUAUGAAUAUAUAGUUAGUAUUAGUAAGAAAAAAAACGAUCUAAUAUAUAAUUCUUCCGUUCUUUCUUUUGAAAUUUUGUACUCCUAAAUUUAAAAUCCAUAAAAAUACUUAAUUUAUUUGGCACUUUUGGUUAUUUUUCUUUGUCUGUUCAAACGUAAUUUUAUAUAUAUAAAGUUACCUAUAAAGCAUCAAAGUAUAUAAAUAAGUUGUUUAAUCUGAAGUACUCUUCUUGCAGAAAAUUUAUUUCACUGAAUUACAGCAUCGACUGAUGCGUGACGUGAAUCUUUGAAAUAAAUAUAUUCAAGAUAAAAUAUAGAAAUUAAUUGGAAUAUUUUUGAUAAAUAAUUUAAGAAAUUAUUUAUUAAAAAGAACAAGAAUUUAAGAAAUUAUUUUAUACAGCAAUGAUAGUCUUAAGUAAACAAUCUUGCCUAAAAUUUAAAAAGAAUGCUCAAAAAUUGAUAAAUAUUACCAAAAUAUAUCUUAUGACUCUUAAAAAUUAAAUUCUCUGUAUUUAAAAAAAAAAAGAUGUAAUUUAAAGAUAAAAAAGAUAUGUUAAAUCAUUUUUCUUUUAUUGGAAAAAAGCAUAAGUUAAAUAAGUUGGAUAUAUUUCUUUCCAAGAUUUUUUAAGAUCAGUGGUAUCUUUUAAUAUCAAAGUAUAUAGUAUAUAACAUAAAUAUAGUACAUAGAGAAAAAAACAUUUAGAAAAUAAUAGAAAAAAAUAUUUUUUUACUAUAUCUUAGAAGUGAACAAUGAGGUGCAAUCCAUCAUUUAAAAUGUUAAACUUAUCUUGGAUACUAAAUAAGUGAUUAAGUGCUGCAACAAAAGAAUGUACAGAAUAUUUGCGAAUCUUUAGAAAAAUAUAUAAUAUAUACUUUCUAUUGAUAAUUAUCUAUAUCAAAGAAAUGAAAACAGCGUUUGACAAAAUAAUGUAACUAAAUACAAUUAAUUGAAAUUUAUUGUUUCUAAAUAUAUAGUCUAAAGCUAAAAAUAAUUGGAUGAUGAUUUUGAAUAAAGCUGUGUUACAUUUAGCAUAUUCUAAAAUAAUUCGAGUUAAAGUUUCAGACACAACUCUUUUUUUUCUAUUUCAUAUCGACUUCUGAUGGGAUAUUUGUAAUUUAUGUACAAAUUAAAACAUUCUCCGGAAACUGUGGAAUCGUACUAUAUUGUUGACCGAUUUUGAUCAAAAUGCAAUAUGGACUCUUAUUUGAAGUUACCAUCCAAUUAAAAAUAAUUUGAAUUUAGUGAAAAAUUCCAUUAGAAAACCUUUAGUAAUCUAUAGAUAGAAAAAGAAAUAUGAAAUAUAUGUAUAUUAGUUGCAAUUUUUAUUGAUUUCAGCCAAAUCAGUAAGCUCAAACAAAUUUCUGUUAAAUGUUUCAUCAACAACAUAAAAUUAUAACUUUUAGUUAUAAUUAUGGUAUUAAAACAUAAGCGUCCAACUCGUUUUUAUUUUCACUGAUAAGAUUCAGCAAUGAAAAGUGAAACGGUGAAGAUAAAAUAUAAUCACUUAUCACAGAAGUAUUUUAUAUUUAGUUUGAUAAUUCUUUUAUAAUUUUUUAUCUUUUUAGCAGUCGACAUAAAAUUUAUAUCUAUUAUCAAGUGAAACGAUUAUAUUACGUCAAAACUGAUAAAACUGAAGAGAAAAUUUAUGAUACAUCAAAUGUAAUAUUCUUCCAUUUAAAACUAAAAUAUUAGUUUAUUAGCAGACUGCGGAUUUUUAUGCAAAU